GAAAAGACUAAUCAAGAGUGUAAUGCAAAUCAGUAAAGUGUGGAAUAUGUUUUGUGCCAAAAGACAAAAAUUAAAGGAGUAUGAUGGUGGCACUGCUGCCAGCACAAAGGCCAGAGCCCAGGCCAUCAAAACGUGCAGAGCAGAGAGCGAGCAGCUGGCAGGAAAUGUCCUUUAUAGUCCUGCCCAUCAGCUGCUAUCAGAUGGACCGAGAAACGACAACUCCCCCUUCAGCCUGGGAGGAGAAAGACGGCCAAACAAAUUAGGUCAAAAAUAGAGUGAGCACCCCAGCACAGCAAAACCGGGCAUGACAUCACUCCCCCCACAAGACAGAGUCCCAACCACGACUCUGUAAAAACUACUUCCUACUCAUUUCACCAAAUCCCAAAACCCAAUAAAUCCAUAUACAACAUAGGUAAAACACCUUACCAUUUUUCUUUUAUUCAUUUACUUUUGAAACCAAUUACCCCGAAAAACAAAUGUUGGACUAUACCAAACUCAUUACCUUCCCAUACACUCAAUACAACAGCCACCACAAGUAGUGACUAAACUGACACCCCCAACACUGGACACAACUGAUGCUAGAUCACAUGACAAAGACAACAUGGGGAAUGUAGUGUGUCUGGAUUUCUUUCAUACUACACAUAAAGAACAUACUGUGACUAUCACACACAUGCAACCUAACAUUUGACACAAUUUCCAAAUUAACCUUAACCAACUUGUGAGAAAUCAUUUGUGUUUUUAUGCAUGUGAACAUGUAAACAUUAAAUAUUGUCUGGAGAACAAAAAUCCAGUCCAUCUGACACCUGAUUCAGAUCUUACAGUCUCUAGUAAUGAGCUGAUGAGUUAAAUCAAAGGUGUCAGAUGAGUGAAACUUGAAAAAAUGUGCAGCACUACAGGACUGAACUGACAUUCACUGCUGUUUAUUUACCCCAAUUACAUCAAAACACACAGAGAAUACAUUUAAUACAAACACUCAAUAUGCAGACCUACAAUAUUAGAUAAAACAAUGAUGCUACAUUUAAUGGAAAUCUUUAACAUUUUGUGGAUGAUGUAAAAAACUAGGGGUAAAACCAGUACUGAUUACCAGGGCCCCAAAGGAAGAGAGGGCCCUUGAAAAGUCUGAAAUAUAUUAUGGGGUGGGGCAUGGGGGCCCAUCAGGACUGCCUAUGCAUAGGGCCCGAGAUCUUGUGCAACGCCCCUGGUUACACCGACUGUAACAAAACCUGUUUUGCACACAACUAUUAAACACAUAACCAGGAAACUUAUUCAGCUGUACAUUUCAUAGAAAAAAAACUUUUCAAGCGAGUGACUUUCUGUCUGUCUGUAUUAGUGAAAUAAAUAUGGCAGAAGCUCAUGUUUUUCAGGACAAGUUCAGCUGUUCAGUGUGUUUGGAUCUCCUGAAGGAUCCAGUGACCAUUCCCUGUGGACACAGUUACUGUAUGAGCUGUAUUACAAACUACUGGGAGCAGAAUGAUCAGAUGGGAAUCUACAGCUGCCCUCAAUGCAGACAAACCUUCACACCAAGACCUGUUUUAUAUAAAAAUGUGAUGAUUGCUGAGAUGGUGGAGGAACUGAAGAAGACAAAACUUCAGACUGCUGUUCCUGCUGACUCUUAUGCUGAAGCUGGAGAUGUGGAGUGUGACGCCUGUACUGAGAGAAAAUACAAAGCUGUCAAGUCCUGUCUGGAGUGUCUGAAGUCUUACUGUCAAAAUCAUCUUAAACAACAUGAGAAUCUCUUCAAUGACAGGAGGCAUCAUUUGAUGAAUCCCACCAGACAACUUCAUGAGAUGAUCUGCUCAAAACAUAAUAAACAACUAGAAAUCUACUGUCACACCGACAAGCACUACAUUUGUUAUCUGUGUACGAUGGACGAACAUAAAAACCAUGAUACUGUGACAGCUGUAGCAGAAAGAACUGAGAAACAGAGAGUUUUGAUAGAGAGACAGAUAAAAUUACAUCAGAUAAUUGAGGAGAGAGAGAAGGAGCUUCAGGAGCUGAGAGAGGCUGUGGACUCUCAUGCGCGCUCUGCACAGACAGCAGUGGAGGACAGUGAGAGGAUCUUUACUGAACUGAUCCGAUCCAUUGAGAGAAGACGAUCUGAGGUGACGCAACUGAUCAGAGAUCAGGAAAAGACUGCAGUGAGUCGAGCUGAAGGAGUCAUGAAGCGUCUGGAGGAGGAGAUUGAUGAUCUGAAGAGGAGAGACGCUGAACUGAAGCAGUUUUCACAUACAGACAAUCACAUCUAUUUCCUACAGGGUUUUCAGUCUUUGUCUGCAGCUCUUGAGUUUUCAGUCUCACAGAGAUUUACUCUCAGCUCUCUUCUCUCUUUUGAUGAUGUGAGAAAAUCUCUCUCUCAACUGAAAGACAAACUGGAGGAUUUCUGUAGAGAGGAGAUAGAGAAGAUAUCUGAUGAAGGUAAAGUAGCAGAUAUUCUUAUUUCUGGUGAAUUGAAGAGUAGGGAGGAUUUCUUACAAUAUUUCAAGCAGUUCACACUGGAUUCAAACACAGUUAAUACAUUCAUUCAGCUGUCUGAUGGGAACAGAACGGCUACUCGCACUUACACAGACCAUCAGUAUCCUGAUCAUCCAGACAGAUUUGAUCUCUGGCAUCAGGUGUUGUGUAGAGAGAGUUUGUGUGGACCCUGUUACUGGGAGAUUGAGUGGAGUGGUGUGGUGUUUAUAUCAGUGUCAUAUAAGAGCAUCAGCAGGAAGGGAAGGGGUGAUGAGUGUUUGUUUGGAUGUAAUGAUCAGUCCUGGAGUUUGUGCUGCAGUGACUCCAGCUGCACAUUCAUUCACAAUAACAAACACACUGAUCUCCCUGUAGUGUUGAGCUCCUGUAGAAUAGGAGUGUAUGUGGAUCACAGUAAAGGAUCUCUGUCCUUCUACAGCAUCUCUGAUACAAUGAACUUCAUACACAGAGUCAACACCACAUUCACUAAACCACUUUAUCCUGGGUUUCGGAUCAAUCCAGGUUCAGUUAAUUUGUGUAAUCCAGCAGUGUAGAUGACAUUAAGAUUCUCUAACUAAUACUGUAAACUUAAUAUAUUCAUUGAAUCCCUUUACCCUUGGCCAUUUUGAUUGUAAGGGUU